AAGGUAGUAAAAAUAAUAAAGACGUGUAGUGGAACUGUCGUGAUUGAGAAUAUUUUUCCAGUGCCAGUGGUCUACCGGAUCGGACCAAGCAGUUUACUGAGUGACUGCCCAGGCCAAAGCAUCUGGCACUUGGAUACUCGCUUUCUUUACGAAACUCAGAGAACGCUGUGCUGCACAGACACAAAACCAAGGAAGGUUCAUAGUGCUGGAGUAAGUGACGGGUUGGCUGAAUAAACCCGUCUAGCGGGGAAUGCAGGUUGUUUGUGCAAGAUCACGUCAGGGCAGUGGGGAUUGGCUGUGAUGCUCGGCGCGACAACGCCUGGAAGUCGACUGUGAAAGUACUAGUGCGAGGUUUUCCACCCCAUCCCACCUGGCCUGCCACGAGAGAGUCCAGGAAGCAAACGCUAGUCGGAACGGUCAGGCAGCCUAGCCCGAUCCUGGCCAAGGGGGAUACGCUAGUGCGCUCGGUUCCAGUAUGCCUCGAGGUGCCGAAGUUUCACCGUUGGUGAAGUGGACGCUGUUCACCUUCAACCUUCUCGUGCUGCUAUGCGGCAUUGCCGCUCUGGUCGUGGGCGUGUACGGUCGCCUGGUGCAGAACGACUUUGACGACGUGGCCAACAUCAGCACCGACCCGGCCAUCAUCCUCAUCGCUAGUGGCGUGGUUUGCACGAUUCUCGGCACGUGCGGCACCGCCGGGGCCCUGCGCGAGAACGUGAUGCUCUUGAAAAUUUAUUACUAUGGGAUCACAAUUCUUAUUCUCCUGGAGAUAGCAGGUGGAGUGCUGGCGUUUGUCUUCCAGGAAGAGCUACGAAAUGAAGCAUCAGAUAAGAUGCUGGAGGGGAUAAUGAUGUACCGCACCACCAACAUGCAGACUAACCUUGAUGAUGCCGUCGAAACCAUCCAGAAAUCGCUGUGUUGCUGUGGUGCACGCGGUCCAAGGGAUUGGAUUCAGAACAACCUCUACCACAACUGUACGCGCGAAACGUUCCGCCAAGUGAUUAGUGCCUGUGGUGUGCCUCCGUCAUGCUGUCGGAAUGAUACCGCUAAUACACAGUGCGGCUACCGCGUGUAUCCGUUUCCCGGCAUGACAUCGGAGGAGGAGAUGCAAUAUCCAAGCAUUGCACGCGGCGCGGACGAGACGAUAUACACCGACGGUUGCAACGAUGCUCUCUACAGGUGGAUUGUGAGCAACUACGCGGUGCUGGGAGGCAUUGCCGGCGGUAUUCUCCUGCUUCAGGUGAUCACGAUCUUCAUGGCAAUCAGUAUGAAGGACUCCAUCGAGUCGAUCCUUCUACAGUACGGUUACGACAGCAACGUUAACAAGCGUGUCGUAUAAUAGUGACAUCAUCAUUGACGUAAUCACUCUACUUAUAAACGUUAUCACAAUGCAUAUUGGAAUCGACAGCAUUCAUUGAGAGUCGGCAAUGGUGCAAUGACCUCGAUGGUUGUGUAUUCAUGAGCUUGCAAUGCUGCCGCUGCAAUCACUGAUCUGAAGCGACACUAGAGAUAACGAAUAACUGAUUGCUUACAUGGACCGUGAUAUUUUACAUGGACACGCCAAUGUACGAGUACGAGUGUCAUGUUGAGGCUACUAGUCAGGAGGCCACUGUAUGUAAUACUGACCCAUUCCUCCUGCUGUUAUCAUGCCUGUCGACACACUGUUUACUUACGAUACUACAUUGCUGGCAACUGAAAUCCGACCCCCUGGAGCGGUGCGCUCACAUCGCAAAGACCCAACACGGGAUUGUAACACUACGAAAUAGAGACCGCUAGAAUGUGUAACGCACCGCUCAGGGGAGUCGGAUUCCAGUUGCCACCGGUGUAGAUAGCUGAAAGAGCUAGCUGUCUACAGCAUUGGGUACGGUGCAGGUACAUGUACAUGUAACACGUCAUAUUACUGCAGCUGUAUUACAUAUACCCCUCUCCCUCCAAUUUCAACUUCUCACAAAAUUAAUAGGUUGUGUGUUUCAGUAA